AUGAAUGACCACGAAGAGCUUAAGUGUACAUGGGACGACAAAGCCGACGAAACCGUGUUCGUCGAAGAGCUUCAGGCUACGAUCGGUUUUCAUCGUUUCGAAGAAAUCCGUCGCAGGGGCAAGCUAUGCGACGUAACCCUGGAGGUCUGUGGACGCAGGAUAUCAGCCCAUCGUCUGGUGCUGGCUGCCAUCAUCCCGUACUUCGACGGAAUGUUUUUGAACCAAAUGAGUGAGAACUUCUCUCGAGAAAUAACAAUUAAGGAUGCAAACCCUGAUGCGUUUGACGCCCUUGUAUCGUUUGCCUAUACUGGACGAUUAAAGAUUUCUACGACGAAUGUUCAGGCAUUAUUUGUGACGUCAUCAUUUCUUCAAAUGACAAGUGUGUUCAGCGCAUGCUCGGAUUUCUUGGCAAAUCGCAUAUGCCUUUCGAACGUAUUAACGUUGAGAGAUUUGGGGAAAUCAUUUGCCUGCCAGAAAUUAGUUGACGCCUGUGACCGCUAUAUCAACACACACUUUUCCCAGGUGUCGAACUUGACGGAAUUUCUGUCUCUGCCCUUGGAAGAAGUCUUGUUCAUGUUGUCGCGAGAUCAGUUAUUCGUAAAACACGAGGAGACUGUUUACUGUGCCGGUAUCAGAUGGGUAAGUCUGCAUGAAUGA